AUUUGACUUGGCAUCAAAAUCUGUGUAUGAGACAACAAUCGUAGAUGCUGUUCUCAUUAUUUUGAGAAUUUUAAUCGUAAACCGAGUUUACUGGAUUUUGUCUCCAGCAAAUCGCAAACGUGAAUUAAAAUGGGAAAAACCAGCAAGGAUAAACGUGAUAUUUACUACCGUUUGGCCAAAGAAGAAGGAUGGCGUGCUCGUAGCGCAUUUAAGCUCAUUCACAUUGACGAGGUGUUCAACAUCUUCAAAGGUGUAACAAGAGCGGUCGAUCUUUGUGCAGCUCCAGGAAGCUGGAGUCAGGUGCUAUCUAAGAAGUUAUAUGAAAACCGUGACAAAGAAGCCGACGAUGUUAAAAUUAUUGCCGUAGAUUUGCAAGCAAUGGCUCCUCUACCGGGCGUAACCCAGCUGCAGGGAGACAUAACCAAAUUGAGUACAGCCAAUGCAAUCAUUGAACAGUUUGGGAAUGGGCAGAAAGCUCACCUCGUGAUUUGCGACGGCGCCCCGGAUGUAACCGGUUUACACGAUAUUGAUGAAUACAUUCAAUCUCAGCUAUUGCUUGCGGCUCUUAAUAUUACGACUCACGUUCUAACUAUCGGUGGAACAUUCAUAGCGAAGAUCUUCCGUGGAAAAGACACCACCUUGUUAUAUUCGCAGUUGAGAAUCUUUUUUGAGAAGGUAUCGAUUGCCAAACCAGCAAGUUCGAGGAACUCCAGUAUCGAAGCUUUUGUCGUAUGUCAAAACUACAAACCUCCAGAGGGUUACAUUCCACAAAUGAUUAAUCCUAUGCUAGAUGAUGUUCAGAAGAUUGCCGGUGAAACCGAAUCGGAAGUAAACCGUUCCAUCAUUCCGUUUAUCGUGUGUGGAGAUUUACGGGGAUAUGAUUCGGAUAUGUCGUACAGUUUAAAUCUUGAUCCUGAGAAGGACUAUGAAUACCGAGACGUUGUACAAAAACCGUUAGCUCCAGCGUACAGCGAAGUGCUCGAACGAAUGAAGACUACAUCACUAAAGCAUGGUAGCAUCAAAGUUGAGUAUGACAAAAAGAAAGAUUAAGAUUCACAUCAUUCAUAAGACUUACAUUCUGCAACAUAUUAGUGUUUUGAUCAUACAGCAUGAUGAAAAAGA